CCCGAAGACCCCGAAGACCCAAGUCCAAGUCCAGCUACUUCGAACUUUUGCUGUGAAUUUUAAGGAUUCCAUUCCAAUUUCCAAAGCUUCAAAACCUUUUCUUCCUUCUUGAGUUCUUUCCACGCUCAGCGUUCUCUUCUUCUCUAUCUCUCUCCAAUGGCUCUUCGUUUCCUUCUCUCACUUUCAUUUCUCCUUGCACUCUUAGUUUCUCCAACCCUCUCCAGCAAUUCUGAAGUAAAUGCUCUACAUGCCUUGAGAGCCAGACUCUCCGAUCCCACCAAUGUUCUGCAGAGCUGGGAUCCUUCCCUCGUCAAUCCAUGUACCUGGUUUCAUAUCACUUGCGACUCUAACAACCAUGUCAUCCGAUUGGAUCUUGGCAACUCUAAUAUUUCUGGUACUUUGGGGCCAGAGCUCGGUGACCUCCAGCAUCUGCAGUAUUUGGAGCUCUAUAGGAAUAACAUUAAAGGGAAAAUUCCUAAGGAGUUGGGUAAUUUGAAGAACCUCAUUAGUAUGGAUUUGUAUGACAAUAACUUUGAAGGAGAGAUUCCAAAGUCUUUUGUUCAUUUGAAGUCACUUAGGUUUCUUCGUCUCAACAACAAUAGGCUGUCAGGAUCAAUUCCAAGAGAGCUCACUGCCCUUUCCAACCUCAAAAUCUUUGAUGUUUCUAGCAAUGAUCUCUGCGGAACUAUUCCAAUUGAUGGACCAUUUGGGAGUUUUCCUAUAGAAAGUUUCGAGAACAACAGCAGACUCAAUGGACCAGAGCUGCAAGGACUGGUUUCUUAUGAUUUUGGGUGCUGAAGAAGUCUUUUAUUCAGUGAUCCUUAGAUUAUACUUCAAUCAAAUAGAAGAUUAUCAGGAAGUUAUGAAAGAAAAAAAGGGGGUGGGUGGGGGAAACACAACCGAGGGAACUCUGUUUUGUCCAGUAACGUUCUGGUUGCAACAAAAGGCUGUAACGAAAAUUCAAGGUUUAUGUCAUCGUAUAUCAGGUUCAUCUGCCGGCUCAAUUGUUCGGAGUCAAUUGGCUGUGCUGUGAUGUUUUCUUUUGCUCUUAUGAAAUCAUUACCAUACCAACAUUAACUUUGUAGACGAAUUGUCACCAACAUUAUCUAAUAAUGGUUUGAGAAAUUACUA